UUACCUGUACCACACUGUCUUGAUUACUGUAGCUUCAUUCCUUUUUAUGGCUAGAUAAUUGCAUUUUGUGAUAUACCACUUUUGUUUAUCUACUCAUCCAUCAAUGGACAUUUGGGUUAUUUCUGCCUUUUGGUUAUUGUGAAUAAUGCUUCUGUAAACAUUUGAGUACAAGUGUUUGGAUGUAUGUUUUCAUUUCUCUUGGGUAUUCACCUAGGAAUGGAAUUGCCAGAUCCCAUGGUAAGCAACUCUAGGAAUAACUUAUCAAAGAACCUGCUUGACCUCCCAAAUAAUACUUUUCCUUAUUUUGGAUGAGCAAAUGCUGACUUCCUGAUUCAAAGAGGUGCACAUAGAGAGGAACUGACAACCAGCACCACCUCACUAGCCAUGUGGGAGCACUAUCUUGCAAGUGGGUCCUCCAACCCCAGAUAAGCCAUCUCGGCCAGCGCCUCCUAGAGCAGAGAUGAGCUAUUUCCACUGAGCCCUGCCCAAAUUGUGGAUGUGUGAGCUCAAUAAAUGAUUGUCAUUGUUAGCCACUGAGUUUUGGGGUGGUUUGGGGUAGGCAGCAAUAGAUAAUUGAAGCAUGGUCUGCCAUGCACACUUUUUAUUCCAACCAAAAAUCUCCUUGAACCAGGUAAGAAUUUGGAAUAGAUGAAUGGCCACUUCCCUGCAGUACAACAUCACUGAUUGUGCACCUGAUACGCAUCCCUGUGGAGUGAAGAACAGCCAUGUGGUCGGGCUCAAAGAGGUAAUGAGCUCAAGGCCACGUACUUGAGCCUGCCUCCGCCGCUUUCUAGCUGGGGAGAACUUAGACAAUGCACAUCUCCACUCUCAGCUUUGGCUCCUUCAUCUGUAAGAUGGAGACUAAAAUGUCUGCUGAGUUAGGACCCCUUGGAAUACAGAGAAAAGACAUUAAACUAGCUUAAUAAAAUAAACUUAUUGAUUGAUAUAACUGAUAAGUUCGGAAGUAGACUUCAGGAUAUAGGAAUAGAAAUUGCUUGGCUGAAGCAAUGCCGUGUUCUCUGUGUGUGUCUCUCUGUCUCUCUCUCUGAAUCUGUCUCUUCCUCCUCACUCUUCCCAUCUCUGGGCUUGGUUUUCUCUCCACUCUUGGGUGGAAUCUCAAGAAGGGUUCCCAGGAACUGCAAACAGUGCUCAUCUUACCAGUAAUGAUAAUUAUUAGGUGACUAUAUAUAGCAUGUAUAUCCUCUACAUAGGGUAUGGUUGUCUCCUGUAUUAAAAAUAGUGAGACACACACACCUAUACAGGCUUAUAUAUCAUGGAAAUUUCCAGGAAGAGCCACAAGAAACUGCCAUCAGAGGCUCACUCUGGGAAAGAGAGAGACUUUUACUUUCACUUUUGAACUGCUUGAAAUUUUUUUAAUUUCAAGAGAGAUUGCAGUGCUGUCCGAGUCAGCUGUGAGGAUGUGCGGGACAAGCUGGGUGGUGGUGUUUUCUAAAUGGAGCACAGCCCUGCCAUGUGGCUCCAGGGAGGCUGAGGAGACCCCAGGCCCACAGGGAUGGCCAGUGAUGCAAUCUACCUAAAUAGGCAAGCCGAAGAUGGCUGAGGACGCGACCGGAAGAGCAAAGGGGCCUGCAAGUGUUGGCUGACCGGCUCGCCAACCCCGGCAGAAGCGUGCGCGCAUUCAGGCCUCAGCCAGGGCUUGGAACAUGGUGCUCGCGUGUGGUAAUAGAAGUGGCACCAUUCUAAGUGCUUCACUUGUAUCAAUUCUCUAAACCUUCACAACCACACAGCAGAGUCAGUGCUGUUAUCUCCCCGCUUCGCGGAUGAGGAAACAGGCAAAAGUCAAUGAACGAAUGGAGCCACCCAAAGAGCAAAGCCCGGUGACCUAAGGGAACCGCCACGGGCGCAGGCCACUCGCCACAGUACAGCACCGCCCCCAGGCCAAACCCAACAGCAUCCACGAAGCUGGGGCAGCACGGGUUGAAAUUUAACCAUCAGGCUCAGGGGUUUGAGUGAGCGUCUACGAAAAAGAGGUGAGUCCACUCCACUCCUCGUGUGUCCCCAUUGAAGUAAGAACAGACAGGAGGGAAAAAAUCACCCUUUUUUUAUUGGGGUCCACGGGGAACAGACCCAGGAUGCUAAGGACCCCAAAGUCCUCGGGUCUCUCCGUCUUGGUCAAGCAGAUGUGGGGGACUCUCCGCAGUCAUCCGCUAAGGCUGGCGCGACGGUGCUCACGGCGUCCCUGUGCUCAGAGGAACAGCAGCAACACUCUUCACCCCCUCUGGAAGGGCCCAGCCUGCAUGCCAGGGGGCGCCCGGCAGUCCCCCAUCAACAUCUGCCAGAGGGACAGCGUCUACGACCCCCGGCUGCAGCCGCUUCAGGUCUCCUACCACGCGUCGGCCUGCCUCUACGUCUGGAACACGGGCUACCUCUGCCAAGUGGAAUUCGACGACUCCACUGAGGGGUCAGGAAUUAGCGGUGGCCCCUUGGAAAACCACUACAGACUAAAGCAGUUCCACCUCCACUGGGGAGACACGAACGAGUGGGGCUCAGAGCACACCGUGGACGCCCACGCUUUUCCGGCAGAGCUGCAUUUAGUCCACUGGAAUUCUGUGAAAUACCAGAAUUACAGCGAAGCUGUGAUGGGAGAGAGCGGCCUGGCGGUGAUAGGCGUCUUUUUAAAGCUGGGCGCCCAUCACGAGGGGCUGCAGAAGUUGGUGGACGUCCUGCCGGAAAUAAGGCAUAAGGAUGCGCGGGCAGCCAUGGGCCCCUUCGAGCCCUCCUGUCUGCUGCCCACCUGCCAGGAUUACUGGACCUACCCGGGCUCCCUCACCACCCCUCCGCUAACCGAGUCGGUCACCUGGAUCCUCCAGAGGAAGCCCAUCGAGGUGGCCCAGAGCCAGCUGGCCGCGUUUCGCACGCUCCUGUUUUCUGCCCUUGGUGAAGAAGACAGGACGAUGGUGAACAACCGUCGCCCCCUGCAGCCCCUGAUGAACCGGAAGGUCCGUGCGUCCUUCCAGCCCACAGGAGACGGCGCAAGGUCCUAACCUGAUUACGUCCAAGUUAACGGGCAGAAUCGGCUUUAAAAAGAAGUAUUAUGUCCCGAGUGUCAUGGUCUGAUCACACGUCACCUCGAAAUUAACGUACAAAGUUAAAAAGAGAGAGCACUGUUUUAGUCAAGGUACUUUUCAGUUGCAAGGAAAACAAAUCACUUCAAAGAAGCUUAAGGAUGAUAGGGCAUGGAACCCUGGGACAGAGUAUCCCAGGGGACCCACGGCAGUGCACGGUGGCCUCAUGGGGCCGAGCAAGCCCCAGCUGACCGAGGUCGUCUGCCCGGCCCUCUCACAGUUCCACGCUUUCCUCUCUGCAGACGGGCACCCUCUGUUUCCCCACAUUCAUGGCCACCCUGUCGUUUCCAGGCAACAGAGGCUAAGACCAACAUCUUUCUUUGCCAUUUCCAAAUUCCUGGAUGUACCAGCAUCCUGGGGCUGCUGUAACAAAUGACCACACACUGCGGGAGGGAGAGUGAAAUAAACGAAAUGCAUUUUCCCACAGUUGUGAGACAGAAGUCCACGAUCAAGGUGCCAGCAAGGUCGGGCUCUGGCGAGACUCUCUCCUUGAGUUGCAGACACCAUGUUCUCACUGUGCCCUCACCCGGCCUUUCCUGAGGGCAUGCAAGCACCUUUCUCCUUUCCUCUUCUUCUAAGGCCAGCAAUCCUACCAGAUUAGGACCCCACCCUUAUGACCUCAUUUAACCUCAGUUACCUCCUAAAAGCACCACCUCCAAAUGCAGUGACGCUGUGGCUUAGGGCUUCAACAUAUAAAUUUGGGGGGACUCAAUUCAACCCAUAGCAGCUGCAAACUUGGUGGCUUGAAACGAUAGACAUGUAUUCUCUCAUUGUUCUGGAGGCCAGAAGUCUGCAAUCAAGGUGGGCCCGACUGGCUCCCCCUGGAGGUUCUGGGAGAAUCUGCCCAUUGUCUUCUCCAGCUCCUAGAGGCACCACAUUCCUUGGCUCAUGGCCCCUUCCUCCAUCUUCAAAGCUGGGGAGUUUUCCAGAGUUGCUUGGUAUAUGCUGCCAUUUAAUUGCGGUCACUGGAGGGUGUGUAAUUGGUUUCUCCCUGCGGGGUUUUUUUAAAUUGUGAUGAAAUACACACAACAUGAAAUUACUAUCUUUAACAUUUUUAAAUGUACAGCUCAGUGGUAUUAAACACAUUCAUAAUGUCACGCAGCCAUCACCACCAUCCAUCUCCAGAGCUCUUUGCAUCUUGUAAAACUGAAACUCUGCCGCCAUUAAACACUCACUCUCCAUCCGCCUUCCCAGCCCCUGGCGCCCACCAUCCUACUUUCUGUCUCUAUGAAUUCGACUCCUCUGGGGCCCGCAUAUAAGUGGAAUCAGACAGAAUUUGUCUUUUUGUGUCUGGCUUAUUUCUCUUGCAUAAUGUCCUCAAGGUUCAUCCAUGUGGUAGCAGGUGUCAGAAUAUUCUUCCUUUUUAAGGCAGAAUCACGUCCUAAUUGAGAAUGGCAUUUUUAUUUUAAUAGCAUUAAAAACAUUCCCUCUGGUAGAGAUGCAGCUCUACAAACAACCUAAUCAUAUUAUCUUCCGACGUGACCUUACCGUUGGAUAAAUGGCGAAAAACAGCACAGAAAAAUAAGCAAAUGCA